CUCUCAUUCUCUCCCUUCACUUGUCUUUCCAGCACAGCUAGCAUUCUACCAACCAAUGGCAACAUCCUUUCUCUUCUCUCUCAUUCUCCUCCUCAUCACUGCCCUUUCUCUUCCCUUUCCUCUCCAUGCGUCAUCUGUAGACCCCUUGAGCGCCGGUGCGACCACCGUCCGCUACUGGAAUCGCAAGAUUCCUAACAAUGCUCCUCACCCCGACUUCUUCCUUUCACUCCUCUCCCCUCUUCCCGCAUCUGUCUCCUCUUCCCUCUCCUCUCCGCUCUCCAUAUCCCCAUCCAUCUGCCGCUCUGCUCGCCUCCUCUGCCCUAACUCUACCUAUUUUCAGUCCCUCUCAAGCACUGUCUUCAUAGAUGGAUGCACCUUUAGUUACUCAUGCACCUUCACAUACGAACAUACCAACAUCACUAUAAAGCCUGGUAUAUUUUUUCGGGAGCAAGAAUUGAAAGAGGGGAAUGUGGUCAGAAUGCCAGAUAUAGCGAAUGAGUUGACGACGGCUCGUUCGUCGUUCCUUCCCCGAUCGAUCGCGGAUAGGAUCCCAUUCAAGGCUGAGGCUGUCAAGUCCCUGUUCGGGCUAGAGCCAAACACAACCUUGGCAAAGGCUGUGGAUGAAACGGUGGCGCAAUGCCAGAGCUCGCCAAGCAAGGGCGAGACGAAGCGGUGCGUCACAUCAGCAGAGGACAUGAUCGACUUUGCCGUGGCGAUGUUAGGUGAUGACAUUGUGGUUCGGAGUACCGUACUGCCAAAUGGGCCCGGCGAGUCGAUCAUGAUUGGUAAGGUCAAGGGAAUAAAUGGUGGCAAGAUUACCAGCUCGGUAUCAUGCCACGAAUACUUAUUUCCAUACAUGGUAUACUACUGCCACUCGGUGCCUAAAAUCAGAGUUUAUGAGGCCGAGAUCCUGUCCGUCCAGACGAAGGAGAAGAUCAACAGCGGUGUCGCCAUCUGUCACAUUGACACGUCUGCCUGGAAUGCUGGGCAUCCUGCUUUUGUGGCACUAGGUGGGAAGCCAGGUCAGAACAAGGUCUGCCACUGGAUAUUUAAUGGCUCUAUGACCUGGGUCAUCGCCGACAAAUCCUAAUUACACACACGUUUCGAUCUGAAUCGAUGAACCAUAUAUAUAUGCAGCAUCAGACCUAUCUUAGUAUAUAUUGCUGGUCUGCUACUGCACUUCUCCAGUGCGAUGUAUCCGUGUGUUUUCAAUAUAAAUAAAUAUAAAGUAAUUUUAUAUA